GCCGCUGAGCCCGCCAUGCCCGCCGGCCUCCCGCAGCCGGCCGGCCCCGCGCCCCUGGCGGCCGGCGGCUCCCUGGCCGGGGCGCGGCCGGGCCGGGCGGAGGGCGCUUCCGCGGCCCCGGGCGCCGUGGCCAAGGCCGCCGUCCAGGUCCGCGUGGAGCCCGCGGCCGCCCAGCCCCCGCGGCCCCCGGCGGGCACCCUGGCGGCGCCGGUGGCUCCUGUCAGCGCGCUGCCCGCCGCGCAGAUCGUCGCCGUGAAGGCGCCCGCCGCCGCCAUCCAGCUGCCGGCGCACCUCCAGCUGCCGCCAGGAACAGUUUUGAUCAAAAGUAACAGUGGUCAGUUGAUGUUGGUAUCUCCUCAGCAACCUGUAACAAGAGCCGAGACUACAAGUACCAUAAUUUCAAGGCCGGCUCUACCAGCGAAUCCUCAAACAGUCAAAAUCUGUGCAAUGCCGAAUUCUAACUCACAGUUAAUCAAGAAAGUGGCCGUGGCACCUGCUAAACAACUGGCACAAAUGGGAGCUACCGUGGUAACCACAGUUACAAAGCCUUCCUUGGUACAGACUGUGGCGGUGCCAUCCAGUGUUGUCACAGUCACUCCCGUGAAGUCGUCGAAUACUGUAACCACCCUAAAGUCUUCAAGUUUGGGAGCAGCACACGCCCUUUCUAGUGAGCCCAUCCCCAAUGCAGGGAGCUCCGCAGCUGCUCAGACCAGUCUUACUCCAGCGAUGCUAGAGAAUGUGAAGAAAUGUAAGAACUUCCUUGCGAUGUUAAUAAAACUAGCGUGUAGUGGAUCACAGUCCCCAGAAAUGGGGCAGAAUGUCAAGAAGCUGGUGGAACAACUUUUGGAUGCAAAAAUCGAAGCGGAGGAAUUUACCAGACAACUGUAUGUUGAACUCAAGUCUUCACCCCAGCCUCACCUAGUCCCCUUCCUUAAGAAAAGUGUGAGUGCCUUGCGACAGCUCCUGCCCAGCUCCCAGAGCUUCAUCCAGCAGUGUGUGCAGCAGCCCUCCGGGGAGGCCUGCGCCGCCGCCUGCACCGCACCGGCCACCGCUGUGGUGACAGCGACAGACUCCUCUGUCCCGGCCGAAAAGGCCCUCGGCGUUUCUGGAGCAGCCACACCCAGGACGGUGUCAGUACAGAGCCUGAAUUCCUUGGUUGGCCCAGCGGGAGCCAAAGCUGGAGUUGUGACGGUUCAUUCUGUGGGUCCAGCUGCUGCCCCUCCUGUCGUGCUGCCGACUCCAAAGCCGCUUGUGGCGACUGCACAGAACGCAGUGACCGCCGUCUCGCUUCCACCUGAAAAGCCUGUGGUCUGCGGAGCUGGCGUGACGCUGGCCCUCCCGCCAGUAACUGUGGGAGAACCUUCACCCGCUCUUUGUCUUCCGUCGGUGUCUGUGAAAACGGUCGUUACUUCUGCGGGGACCUCCUCUGAGAAGCCUGUCGUUAGCGCUCCAGUCCAGAUCACACUCGCACCGCCAGGACCCAUCCUUCCCCAAUCGGCUGCUCUCCCACAGGCAGUGAAAGUCAAGCAGCUAGUCGUCCAGCAGCCGGCAGGGGGCCUUACACAACAAGUGGGCGCACCUCUCCCUUCCUCAGCACUGACCCUUCAGAAGAAGAUGCCAGUGACCACUGCAGUAGCUUCCGCUUCCAUUCUAAAACAAACUACCCUGCCAGGAAAUAAAAUCCUGUCUCUUCAAGUAUCUUCUAUUCAGAAAGAUAAAAGGAAGGAGAAUGGAGCGACGUCCUUGAGAGAUGAAGAUGACAUCAAUGAUGUGACUUUCAUGGCUGGGGUCAACCUCAAUGAGGAAAACGCCUGCAUCUUAGCAACAAAUUCUGAUCUGGUUGGCACACUCAUUCAGUCGUGUAAAGAUGAGCCAUUCCUCUUCGUUGGAGCUCUACAGAAGAGGAUUUUAGACAUUGGUAAAAAGCAUGACGUUACGGAGCUGAGCUCUGAGGCCGUGAAUUUGAUCUCCCAUGCAACACAGGAGCGGCUGCGAGGCCUUCUGGAGAAGCUGACCACUAUUGCUCGGCACCGGAUGAUGGCCUACAAGACGAGUGACAGUUACAUCCUGUCCAGUGAUACCCGGUCACAGCUCAAAUUCCUCGAGAAGCUGGAUCAGCUGGAGAAGCAGAGGAAGGACUUGGAGGAAAGAGAGAUGUUGCUGAAGGCCGCCAAGAGCCGUUCCAAUAAAGAAGAUCCAGAGCAGCUGAGGCUGAAGCAGAAAGCCAAGGAGCUGCAGCAGAUGGAGCUCGCACAGAUCCAGCAGCGAGACGCCAACCUCACCGCCCUGGCUGCCAUCGGGCCGAGGAGGAAGAGGCCGCUGGAGGCUGCGCCGGGGAGCGAGGGCUUGAAGGACAAACCUCUGGCUCCCGGGACCUGCGGCCUGGCAGGCAGCAGGCAGCUGCCCCGCCCGCGGGCCACGCGGGUCUGCCUGCGGGACCUGGUGUUCUGCAUGGAGCAGGAGCGGGACAUGAAGCACUCGCGCGCCCUCUACCUCGCGCUUCUCAAGUGAGGCCUCCUCCCGCCGAGGGCGAAGGCUCGGCCCGGAACUCCCUGUGGGGCUCAGCACCGGGCCCUUGUUUACAGUCAGGAACUUCCGUUACUUACGUGCACCUGGGAACCGGCCGUGACGGUCACACAGGCGCAGGCAUGCUCCUGUGCGGGGACCGCUGGGCAGAGCCCUGCCCUCGGCUGUGCUCGCCGCACUGCCAGCCGGGCGGGCUCUCCCGGCGUCCCAGCACCGCUGGCGGGGUGCCGGGCGGGGCCGCUGGCGGUGUCUCCCCAGGGCUCUGUGGAACCCGUUGCUUAGCCGCCUCCUGAUGCUGAAGGUGACCAGCCACAGGGGUAGGCCGUGCCACUGGCCGCUGAGUCCCGUGUCAGACGGGGCCCGGUGGGACCUAGGGGACCGUGUGCUGAGCUGCUGUCCUCCGUUCACAUGAUGCGGCUGCGGCCACAGGAGGCCAGCUCGCUGGGGAAAGCUGACGGUGUAGCUGCUGACAUACCUCACUGCAGACGGAGAAGGCGGAGCGGACCAGGGCUGAAGGCCCGGCCACACUGAGCAGGGAGGAGGAAGAGGAGCAGAAGCCAGAAGUGGCCGCCUGUGCCUGCGGCAGGGCAGGGCAGGGCAGGGGGCGAGUCGGGCCCAGAGCUCAGGCCGUGUUUUGUUGACAGAAAACAGCCAGCCUGAGCAAAGGGUAUGUUCGCAAUGUUCGAAUCUGCAGUCUCCAAAACCAAGUUCUCUGUUCUGUGAUCGCUUUAACCUCAAGGACAGUUUUGUAAACUCUUUUAGUUGCCCUGUGUUUUAGGCACCUUGUUGCAUUAAAGAAAUCCUAAUUGCUGACGUAAAGGUUUUAACAGGACUCUGGGGGGGCUCUAGACCCAGUGCAGGGCUGGCAGCUCUUGGGCUCGGCUCCACGUGCAGCUGAGAAGCAUGUUCUAGGCUCGCCCACGAGGCUGAUUUCACUUAAGCAGACCCUGCUUUGUUUUGCUGUUUUGUUUUAAAUGCCACCGUGUGGCUGCUGACAAAUGGUCGCUGUAAUCAGUCACAGGGGGAGAGUACACUCCAAGAAAGUCCCACAGAAGUGGGCCAGCGCUGCCUCUAACCCAGAGGACUCAGGGGAAAGCCCUCCAGUGGGGCCUCCGCCCUCCUCCGGGGAUUGUCACGGCCACACCGCUCAGGCGAGCCUCAGAGUGGCCCGUCUUUCGUUCCAGAAGUUACUGUGGACGUGCUAUAAACUAUGUAUAUGUUAAGAGUACUUUACGAAGAGAUCUAUACCUAAAUUUUUUUUGUAUAUUUAAAUGCUUAACUUUAUUUUUUUGUGGCAUAUUCUCAUAUUUGUGUAUAAUCUUAUUGAUCAGAUGUUUGAAAUUAUUUCAAAUACUUCAUUAAAAUAAUUAUUUUAUUAGAAG